UUUGGCAGGCGGUUGGAAUCAAGAUCAAGAACCACGAAGAUGAAUUGCCCCUUUUCUAUCGAACCAUGUCUCUUCAAAUCGAUUCUCUUUCACUCUCGCUUGGUGACAGUCCGUGAAUGAUCUGAAUCAUGGCUUUUUGCACGUACGCAGACCUUUUACGCCCGAUUCAACCUCUUCCCAAAUAAUGCGCGCAAGUUUCAGAAAGUAAGAGCCGGUCUCAGAAAUGGUUGUUCUUCUGCAAUAUUACGAACCACUCUUCGACAAAUCCAGAACACCAAGUCUAAGAACGAAGAACUGGAGGAUCUGCGGGCUGUCACUCGAAAUCAAGCACCAGAGGAGACCAGAAGUGUCUAAGAUCGGUCUAGUUGAGCGUAUGAAGUGCGGCACAGCAAGGUGUACAUCUAGUCGUGUUUCAAAUCCUUCGGGCCUCAUUAUCGACCUCGCUGACCGCGACCGCCAGAUUCAUCCGUCUUAUCUGGCCCUUAUCCUAUCACAUUUCUUGAUUUGUUUUGGAGUGCUAUCUGGCCUAUCAUCACAGGUAGCAAUGGCGGAGGAAUGGUUCAUCGACCAGCAACCACAAGACAGCGCCCCAAGCCUGCAUACAGAUCCUAUGAUGUAGUCAUUUCUCGUCGCGCAGUACGGCAGGAGCCAUACGGGACAGGACGGGCGCCUGAUCGCUUGUUAUGGAGACCAUAAAGAGACUGUCCACGUCCCCGGGCC